AUGGCCUCUUCUUCAUCCCAAUCGCCACCAAAUCAACAACAAGUCCAACCUCGAGGACCAGCUUUUGCAAAAUGGCCCACAGUGAAAAUAUUUAUGCCUCCUAAAGGUCGUUUCUCUCCUAAACGGGAUGAAUGGUGCCUCACAUACUGCACACAAUCUAUUACUGGCCGUAUACACGCGGCUCAGCCGUCUUGCACGACCUUAUGCAUCCGGAAGGUGUUCGAGCAUGAGGUGAGGAACGUAGCUGGAUUCAAGAGGCAUGAUAUGAGUGUGAUGAGAAACGACGAUACUGCAAUUGAGGUGAUAGAAGGGAAAGGCAAAGACAAAGGUUUACACGAAGCCAGUAAAGUCGUACGAAAGACGGCCGUAUAUCCACUUCCAGCUGAGGGUCAACCCGAGAAUGUUCCGAGGGUCCUUGGAGGCGCGGAGUCGUCCAAAUCACAUUCUUUGUCGUCAACCACGUCAUCAUCAUCCACAACCCUGAUACCUACAACGACAACUUCGACCCCCACAGUCACAACUCGUUCAUGGUCUCCUGGAUACUAUCUAUUCACCUCUACAACCAUUUACGGAACAUUUGAACACCUCGCAUCUAUGUCCCGCGAUUUACCAAGGCAAGUUGCGAGGCAGAAGAUGAUGGAGAGUAUGAAGAGGGAGUGGGUUGAGUAUCAGGAGUGGGCAGAAAGGAUACAGAGAGGUGAAAUUCAAGGAGUUGAGGGCAGUUUCAGAACACAACGAGAAGAGAAUGCGGUAACAGCUAGUGAAACAGAAACUCAACCGGAAGAAGCUAGCGAGAUAAUGUCCACAGGACGUAAACGUCCUCCCCAACCUCUGCCAGAUUAUCUAUCAUCCACACUCCUUGUCCCUGUUCCUCCAGCAUCAAUUUCACAGUUGUCAUCUCACAUCCUGACUCCGAUAUCGAAAUUCCUCAAGCCGUCCGGAAGAGCAUUAGAAUUAUUGGGGAAUGACUUGCAGGGCGGGAUAUUUCAACAAUUUGCCUCUCGUGUAUACACGAAAGCACAAACUGACGAACCAGCAAAACUAGCAAGGAGAAGCUGGGAGAGAUUACUAGAGGCUUGGAAAGGCGAUGGAGGUGAUGGAAAGGAUGGCGGAAUCAAAGGAUAG